GAUCUGGAUGGAUGGAUGGGUGGAGUCUCAUGGCCAUGUGUGUGAGUCAACAUCUUACCCACGUGCAAGUUUCUGCAAUUGUCACGACAUUCCCGCAGCAGAAUGUAGCCAACGAAUGUGGCACGGCAUGGCGCAUGUAGAGAAGAGACACGGUCGCGACAAUGCAGGUCGGGAAACAUCUCGACGGAUAUAAAAUGUAAGCAGCGAUACUCUUGGUGGCUCGCCCUGCUUCUGCUGCAACUGCCUUAUGUCCAACAUAACAAACGAGAAACAGACAUGCAUUUGGCACAUCACCCCAGUCUUGUGUGUCGAUGUGCCUUCUUCUCACCUUGUGCAUGACGCCACUCGCUGACGGCCUCAUGAUGAGCAGCUGGUUCUCAUCUUCAUCUUCAGACGGAGGCGGCUCUAGCGCCGGUGAAGGCUGAUGUCUCCUCCCUUCCUCUAGCACCCGAAAUCCUUGAAUGUUGACGUAGUGGUUGCGGCGCAUGUCGGGUGGCUGGCCCGCCCUCUUCCUCGCCCGCUCGACCUUCAAGCGCAGCCCCCGAAAAUCCCAGCUCUCCCGUAGGCGGCGCACUUCGGCUUUGACAUAAUACUUGCCCCCUCCCCCAACACGAAAGGGCUCCGCCAGCACAAGGAAAGCCUGGGAGUCGCUGGUCAUGAUGUGGGCUUUCAGGCCCUUGAAGGCGGCGGCCUUGUGGAAGGCGGCGUGGAGGGCGGCAGGGCAGGAAUCCUCGUCGUCCAUACCAGACGACGGCAUCCCUGAGGAACGAGUCACGUUGUCGUCGUUGUCAGACGCUGCACAUAUUAUAUGGACGGCACAAGGAUAGUCAAUCAGAUAUGUGUUGUUGUGUUGCAAUGAGUUGUUCUCCUGACUUGUGAGAGGCGCCCUCAAACCUGACGAAUGAACCAAUUUGGGCUCACCGGCUGCCUCCUUUUUGCGUGUUCGUGUCUCUAUCUGUCGCCUGCCCACCCGCCUCUGUGUGGCCCGUCUGUCUUUGGGCGAUGUGAGUACGGUGCCGUCUCCCUCCCUCGUUGUCCAUCUCGAAUAGCCAUCGGCACGAGGGGGGCCUUCGACCCUGGCGAAGAGGUCUUUCUUCUGCUUCUUCUGAGGAGGAAAGAAGAAAUGGGCGCGGCAGAAUAUCAAAAGAAAAAUCCAAGCGAAUAUAAAAUGCAGGCGGCGAUUGAGGCCGCGUCGGCCUCCUGUGGCUCCACCAGACACACAGAUGAAGGGAGACACAAUGAAUGAAUGGAUCAUCACACGGCAAUACGCAUCUCUGUGUUUGUGUGUGACCACCGCCUCCCAACUCACCGCUGACGGGCUUCACGGGAGUCGCAUGGCCUGGCUCAGCUCCUGUAUGAACGCCAUGUGCACCACGUCCGGCCGAACAUAGCCCUGCCGCAGUCGGCGAAGGAGGACAGGCAUAUGGUGUGUAUCCAUACGUGUGUGUCUGUAUGUGUGUUGCUUACGAUUCGGACAGCGGCAAUGCGGUCGACCUGUUGGCAGAGCUUGGGAGUGCUCCUCUUCUCGUCAUCCUGACACAUAACAAAAGAAGAGCAGACAUGCACUUGGCACAUCACCCCAGUUCCUGUGUGUGUCGAUGUGCCUUCUUCUCACCUUGUGCAUGGCGCCACUCGAUGACGGCCUCGUUGCUAGCAGCUGGUUCUCAUCAUCAGAGUCUGACGAUGACGGUGGCUGGGGGCUGCGGGUCUGACCGUCCGGUAGCUGCUGAUGUCCCCUCCCUCCCUCUAGCACCCGAAAUCCUUGAAUGUUGAAAUAGUGGUUGCGGCGCAUGUCGGGUGGCUGGCCCGCUCGACCUUCAAGCGCAGCCCCCGAAAAUCCCAGCUCUCCCUUACGCGGCGCACCUCGGCGCUGACGUGCCCCAGCACGAAAGGGUCCCGCCAGCACGAGGAAGGCCUGGGAGUCGCUGGUGAUGAUGUGGGCUUUCAGGCCCUUGAAGGCGGCGGCCUUGUGGAAGGAGGCGUGGAGGGCGGCAGGGCAGGAGUCCUCGUCGUUCAUGCCGGACGACGGCAUCCCUGAGGAACGAGUCACGUUGUCGUCGUUGUCAGACGCUGCACAUAUUAUAUGGACAGCACAAGGACAUUCAAUCAGAUAUGUGUUGUUGUGUUGCAAUGAGUUGUUCUCCUGACUCUCGAGAGGCGCAGCGGGUGGUGGCUCAACAGCCAUGGGCGACCGAGAGGCUCCCAACAUCGACACACCUGGCGUACCACACACCGCACACCACACACCCGCAUGCACGAGAGUGCAAUGCAUGCCGCGCCCUUCAAUAUCUUCCUACGCUUCUCCUGGUUGACGGCAGGUGGACGGUGAUGGAUGGGGGCCUGCAACACACACACAUACACAUGCACAUGCACAUACACGCACACACACACACCCACACACAAGUGACCGACCUGGAGGCACCGCUCCGAUGGCCCUGCAGUGCAGCACACACAACAAGUGGAGACAACAAUCAUGGUUGCAGGUCGGUUUGUCGGUGUCUGGUCGGUUUGUUUGAUGUGACCUGAGCAUCUUGAAGAGAAGUCAGUCGACGUCGCAGCUGCCUGUUGAGCCCUCGGCCUUCCGCUCCCGCUUUCUUCCAGCCGUCUCACACUGAGUCUCCUUCUCUGCACCACACAAACAAACAAACAAACAAACACAGUUUGGCCUCACUGUUCCUCCAUCCCUCCAUCCGCCCGUGCCACGCUGCCCGUCUUUUUUCAGCCCUUCUGACCUUCCUCUUCCAGUAGCCGGCCCUCAGUGUGUGCCUGCAGUCACUCAUUGACGAGCAAGUCACGUAUCAGAGGAGCAGACAUGCACUUGGCGCACCACCCAGUUCUUGUGUGUGUCGAUGUGCCUUCUUCUCACCUUCUGCACGAGGCCUCCCGCUGACGGCCUCGUUGCUAGCAGCUGGUUCUCAUCAUCAGACGAUGACGGUGGCUGGCGGCUGCGGGUCUGACCGUCCUUGCUCGCUGAGGGGCCACCGUCGUCGAUCUCGGGCGGCAUGGCGAUCUCCGGUAGCUGCUGUCCCCUCCCCCCCUCCAGCACCCGAAAUCCUUCAAUGUCGACGUAAUGGUUGUGGCGCAU